GGGUUUGUAACCAAUCAAGUGUGGAGACCAUGAUGACUGGCUCCGCCCCCUUACUGUCAAUGAGCGAGUUUUAUGACCAGUUGGAUUCGGGUACACAGUAACUGAGCGAACAGUUCACACUCAUAACACCUCCCACAUCUGCCUUCCACUAGCGGGCCGACACUAUGACACAAUGAGGUACAUCGCUGCAGAAGUCGAGGACGUUGAGCCUCGUGUUCUUGGACGGGCUCGUGUUUGGAUGCCAUCAUCGAAGAAAAGUGGAAGUGGCUGUUCAGAGAAAUUAUGCUUCCGUCAGUAAAGCAAAAGAGUGAAGAAUGUGCGUCUUCAAGCCCCCAAGGCUCUGCUGUCACAGGACUGACCCCCCAGUGGUCCGCUGAGCUCUCUGCGAUGCCGUUGUCCUCGCCACACCAUGUAUGGCUGAAGUAUCUGUCUCUGGGGGUGCUGGUGUUGCAGACCACCUCCCUCGUGCUCACCAUGCGCUACUCCCGCACCCUGAAGGGCGACGGCCCCCGCUACCUGCCGUCGUCCGCCGUGGUGUCGGCCGAGCUGCUGAAGAUCCUCGCCUGCACCCUCCUCGUCUUCAAGGAGAACAACUUCAGCGUGCGGCUGCUGAAGGAGGAGAUUGUUAACAAGCCUGCGGAGACCCUGAAGUUGGCCAUUCCUGCAGGGAUCUAUACUCUGCAGAACAAUCUGCUCUAUGUUGCCUUGUCCCACCUGGACGCCGCCACCUAUCAGGUCACGUACCAGCUGAAGAUCUUCACAACCGCCCUGUUUUCUGUCUCUAUGCUGGGGAAGAGGUUGGGCUUGUACCAGUGGCUCUCUCUGCUCUUCCUGAUGGCAGGAGUCACCCUAGUGCAGUGGCCGACAGAGACUGAAGGGGACACUGAGCAGAAGGUCCUAUCCGCAGGCUCCCAGUUUGUGGGACUGAUGGCUGUGCUGAUGGCCUGUGUGUCCAGCGGCUUCGCCGGAGUUUACUUUGAGAAAAUCCUCAAGGAGACCAAACAGAGUGUGUGGGUGCGUAACAUACAGCUGGGUUUAUUUGGCCUUGUGUUUGGCUUAGUAGGAAUGUUGGUGUAUGACGGCCAGAAGGUGAGCGAGUUGGGCAUGUUUCAGGGCUACAACUCCAUCACCUGCACAGUCGUUGCCUUGCAGGCUCUGGGCGGGUUGGUCAUAGCAGUGGUUAUUAAAUAUGCAGACAACAUCCUCAAAGGAUUUGCCACCUCCCUGUCCAUCAUCGUGUCCACACUCAUUUCAUAUUUCCUGUUGGAGGACUUCAAUCCUACACGUGCAUUUUUCCUCGGGGCAGUGCUGGUUAUUGCCGCCACAUUUCUCUACAGCCACGAGCGCAAACCUGCUAAUGGCAGCACCAUCAAAGUAUAAACAGAGACCUCUGUUAAGUCUCACCCGGACAGGAGGGACGACACAAACACGACAGAAAACCGAGCAGGACUCAGUGACUGUGCCACGCAGAAAUGAACAAUAUGGCAAAAGUGUCAAGAGUCACAACAAUCGCAGGGGAAGAGCGCUAAUCGCUCCUGGGAAAAUGCUGCUAUGAAGGGAAUAUGGGGGGGCAAAAAUAUAUACUUGGGGUUUUUUUGGGUUUUUUUUAAAGGAUGUUCUUUUUAAAUAGACUUUGUUGCAGUAAAACUGGUUUCUUUAAGGACAAUUUGGGAGAUUAUGAUGAAACCAUGGGCUUGUGGAUAAUUGGAAGCCAUUCAUUUACAGUAAUAUAUCAUGGAUGUGUAAUUGUGUGUGUGAUGGGAACUGAGGAACGAAGGGUAUUUGCUUAAGAAAAGGGGCAGCCCGUUGAUGGUGCUCGCAGUGCUCCAAAGAGAGGUAACUCCUCCACACAGCUUCCAUCUCGUGGUGAAAUGAGGAGGGGUUACCUUUGGUCAGAGAUGCUGAAUGUCUUUUUUUUAAUACGCGAUGGGAUGAUAUGGGAUGUGACUGAUUUGACCUCACUGCUUACUGUCUCUUGAGCAUUUAUAUCAGAAGCAAUCAUUCAACCCAGCUGUUUAUUUAAAUGCAAAAAAGGUGUUUUACGUGGGAACAAAUGAAUAAACUAAGGCACAUUUUAAUGCUGAAGCGA